AUGCUGCUGCCCAAGGGCACGCCAGCAAUUGGCUUGGCAUUGAUGUCUGUUGCUUCCAUGUCAAAUGCCUUUCAAUCUUCGUUGCAACCUUGCCCAGCUCCCUGCACCACCGAUUCCGAUGAAUGGACUGUCUACUCCUCAGUCGACCGCAUCCGGUACUGCACCGAGCCUAUGCUGCUAAACAUUCCACUUCACACAGACCUCGAGGCAGAAAAAGGCAUUACCAAACUCCUUGUCUGCACUGCAAACAGCACAGCCGACAGCGAAAGUACCUCAACUAUUUCAACUAGCCAUUCCUCUACCAAAGGCCAUCACGGAAUCUCCCAUAGGCGUUUCCACACCAGAGACUCUGAUUCUUGCCCUUCGGGUGAAAAGCGAACCAUAUCAUUGGAUUUGAGCACUGUUACAGGAAAUUCUUCCACUUCUGACAGUACAUUCCAAGCUAUCCUCAAGCAUACCGAAGAUAGCUUUGUGAAUUAUGCGGAUUGUGAUACUCGACAUGUGUUUGGCUACUACAAGGGUGUUGCAGUGGGAGUAUACCUGGGGUCUGCCGUUAACAAUAAAAAAACCGUCUCAUCUGUGUUUGAGCAUAUGCGCCAACAAUCUUCGGGCGCCAAGGAUGUUGAGAGCAUGACCAUGCAGCGCUGCAAUGAUGUUUCCAAUGCGAAAUCUAUUGUCGGUGUUGCAUUUGAUACGACUGGAAACUUAGUUUCAGUGCAAAAGUCUGUGGCAUCAUGGCAUGCAGGUCAAUGUGCUGAGGCCGUUGGGACCAGCACUACCAUCGACGCUGUCAAGAUCUCUGAGACACCUUCUCAGUCCGCCACUAACAGCAACAGCACGGUUUCCGAUCACCAGCUGUCUAAACGCGGCGAUUGCAAAGUUACCUCAGUGGGCGGGGGAGAUACCUGUACAAGCAUGGCAAAGGCUUGUGGUGUUUCCUUGGCCGAUUUUAAGAAGUACAAUACCGAUAACGAUGUGGACUGCAAUAAUCUACCCGUUGGUACACGUUUGUGCUGUGAUGCGGGAACCCUUCCAGACAUCGCCCCCAAGGCAAACAAGGAUGGCUCCUGCCACUCGUACAAGGUCCAGUCAAAUGACAAAUGCAGCACAAUCGCGGCUGCAAAUGGAAUCAAGGCCUCUGAUAUCAGUGACUUCAAUGACGGCACUACCUGGGGCUGGUUCGGCUGCAACAACCUUCAAGUUGGUAGCUAUAUCUGCUUGAGCAAGGGCGACCCGCCAAUGCCAGCAGCACUCUCAAAUGCACAGUGUGGUCCUCAAGUCACUGGAACAAAGAAACCAACCAAUGGUACCGCACUUGCUGAUCUCAACCAGUGUCCGCUGAAGUCAUGCUGCGACAUCUGGGGUCAGUGUGGUAUCACUCCUGAGUACUGUACCAAUGUCACAGGCUCAACUGGUAACCCAGGAACAGCACCCAAAAACAAGAAUGGCUGUAUCUCCAACUGUGGCACAGAGAUAAAGAAAUCUGAAUCUGCUCCGGCCGAACAGUUCAGGGUCGGAUAUUACGAGUCCUGGAAUUAUGACCGUCCCUGUCUGAACCUUCGUGCUUCCGAUAUCGAUGCCGAUACGUACACCCAUAUUCACUGGGGCUUUGCUGGUAUUAGUGACGAUUUCAAUGUCACCAUCAACGAUACAUAUGGUCAAUGGGACGGGUUCAAAAAUAUCUAUGGGUCAAAGAAGAUUUUAUCUUUCGGUGGAUGGGGCUUCUCUACCAGCACCUCAACUUACGAUAAGCUUCGAGAGGCUAUGGAUCCAAAAAACGUCGAUACCUUCGUGGAAAAUGUCUACACCUUUAUUGAUGCCAACGGUUUGGACGGAGUCGACUUUGACUGGGAGUAUCCUGGAGAACAAGACAUUCCUGGCAUCCCGAAGGGUCUUACCUCUGAUGGUGCUAAUUACCUAGCAUUCCUCAAGAACAUGAAGCUCAAUUUUCCCUUCGAUAAGACCGUUUCAAUUGCCGCUCCAGCCUCCUACUGGUAUCUGAAGAACUUCCCUAUUGAGGAGAUGUCUAAAACCUUGGACUAUAUCGUCUACAUGACCUACGAUUUGCACGGCAAUCAAGUGAAUCUGACCGAGACUAAUUACGCCCUAGCAAUGAUUACCAAGGCUGGUGUCGACUCUACUAAGAUCAUGGUGGGAGUUCCAAGCUAUGGCCGCUCGUUUGGCAUGGCGGAUAAAGACUGCACUGGCCCUAACUGCCACUACACCGGAAAUAGACUUCAUUCUACCGCUGAGGAAGGUCGUUGCACAAAGACUGCCGGGAUUAUUGCCCAGGCUGAAAUUGAGGAGAUGAUCAAUCUCAACGAGUCGACCAAAGCGUGGUAUGACGAGGGAUCUAAUUCGAAUAUUAUUGUGUGGAACGACACAUGGGCUGCGUACAUGUCUAGCGAUACUAUGGCAAGUCGCCAGGGCUACUACAAGAGUUUCAACUUUGGCGGAACCAUUGACUGGGCCAUUGACCUGAUUGAGUUCAGUGGAGAUGAUGGAAAUCCCGAGACUGACUGGACUGGCCCUGAUGUGCCCGACUUGUCUGACUGCACUGCAAGCUAUGACACUUUGGAUGAACUUGAAGAUGCCGCCGACUCGAUUCCAGAACACUGCCAGACUCAAUACAUGUUGAACACUUUGUCGACCGUAUUGAGUGAUGCGAUGUCCAACUACACCGACCUUAUGAAUGAUGGAUACGACAAGAAGUUCAAGAUCUACGCGGACAGUGUUUCAAGCAACGCUGGCGCCUCGGUCCAUGACUAUGUCUACAAGAACGGCAAUAAGUACUUCACCUGCAAGGUGGAUGAAGACCUCAUGUGCGCUGAUAAAUGCUCCGACAAAUUGUACAACUGCGACCUUUGCAAGUAUUUCACCGGGAGCUGUACCGAGAGCUGCGACAGUCUCGGCUGCGAAAUGGAUCACGAAUUCGGACAAAAAAAGACAAGGCGCCAAUGGCAGACAAUCUCUGAGCCAUGUCCACCAGACAACUCGCAGCGAUUCCAACGAACGGGUGAGAACAAUCAAUACGAGAGCAUACACUGGACACUCGUGGACGACAAGUCCGCUGAUUUUUACUCCGAUCUUUACACCACAACUGGUAUAGCCAAAAAGUAUAUCUCGUUUGGUACAUAUAUCUUCCAAGAUGACUGCAGCGGUGAUGUUGAAGAUGACGAUCCUUGUUAUAAGACCGGUCGCGAUUUCAACAUCCCUAAAGCCAGCGGAUACGAUUCAUCUGAUGUCGACAAUCCCAAGGAUACAGCCAAGAAGGGUCUUACUCGGUCCGGAAAUCUCCAUCCACAGGUCCAGGAUAUUUUGUUCGGAAUCAACACCGACACUUUCACCGGAAGUGGAGCCGAUGUCAUUGAUGCCAUUUCAGUUCCUAUCCUUAUGAUCUCCUCAGCUGUGGAGCAAAUGGCAAAGGUAGAGAGUGUCGCAGAGAAGAUCAGCGCAGAGGAAAAGAAAAUGAAAGAAGAGGAAAUCAUUGGUGGUUUCAUCGCUGCUAUCCUGUUCUUGAUUCCUGUCGCUGGUGAGGUUCUGGGUAGUGUUGAGGGAUUGGCUGAUAUGGCUACGGUUCUCAGUAUCGCCGGAACUGCCGCAGAUAUCGGCUUGGGCGUUGAGGAUAUCGUCAAGCACCCCGGCAACGCUGCUUUGGAUAUCAUGAACAUUGUCUUCGACCUUGGAUCUUUGACUUCCGUUUCUAAGGCUUCAAAGGCGGCCAAAAUCCGCCGUGAUCUGACCGAGACUGAGAUUACUAACCUUGGAACAAAGGUUAAAUCUGGCCUCAAUAGUCUUGAAAAGGUCACUGGAAAGUGCGUUGCCAAGGAGUAA